UAUUUCAGUAGUUAGCACAGAUUGACAGAUUACGGAUUAUCCGUAAGAUUUUUUUUCAUUUUAAUUGGCUACUUCUGGAGUUUGUAAUUGCAAAGACUGAAUAGUCUGUAGAAUUUUGCUCCUCACAAAAUAUGAAUCUAGCACAUAUCUUCAGUGAUAAAUCAAAAGAAGCAUUAUCUAAAUUUAUUGAAGCUUCGAAAAAAUGUGAAAACUAUCAUGAUUUCAAAUCCAAAGAAGAGGAAGAGGAAUAUAAAAUGUGGAGCAAAAUAAUGAAUAAAUUUGAAGAAAUUGAUAAUAAAAUUCAAUCGACUUCAUCCAAAGAAGACAAUGUUUCGAUUGAGAAAGAAUCUAAUAGCAAUCAUGAUACUGAGGAUUCAAAAAUACUUGAAGCUUUAACAUCUGAACUUAGGAAUGCCAUUGAAGAUUGUUUAGAAAAUAAAUUAGAGUGUGAUUAUUUGAUAAAAGAUAUUAAAGAUGAACCUGUUGAAAAGAUACGAGAAAUCUAUAGACAAUGUCUACCUCGCUUUGAUGUGAUGAAACUAAUUGAAAUGGGAGAAAAAAUAAUAAAUGUAAAUCCCAAUGAUUCAAUUGUCGAAUGUUAUUGUACAGAAUUAUUAUUUCAAAUGAUGUCCCAAUCAUGUAAAGACAAUCUGAAAAUUUUUUUUUAUGAAUUCUAUGCUCAAUAUAGUAGAUUGGUAACUAAAACAAUAACACAAUUUUUAGAAGUUCAGGAUGAGUUGAAGACUUUCUUGUUGUACAUAAAUAAAUCGUCAACUAAGGAGAACGAACUAUUGGUAUCAUUAUUAAGAGAAUUUUUGCUUUCUUACAAUGGGCCCUUGACCAAAAAGCAUCUAAUGAUAAUGGAUUAUUUAACUGAUCAGAGUACUGAAUAUAACUCAAACAAGAUGAUAAUAGAUAUAUUAUCUGAUAAUGCCACAGAAUACAAAAAUGAUAAAGAUUAUGGAAAAUUGAUAGUAAAAAUUACUGAAAAUUUAGGUCCAGAAGUGGAUUCCCUGAGAGAGCAAAUUGAAUCUAUUCUGAAUAUCCAUGCGUCUAUUUGGAAAAUGAAACUGAAGAAACUUAUGAACAAAUAUUCAAAUAAAAUGUAAUACAUUUCAUGAAUCCUAAUCUAAUUUCUAUUUCUAUUCUAUUUUUCUAUUAUUAAAUUGUUAUAAAUUUAAUUUCAAAUCAUUUUUAUUUUUCUUUUUAUGUAUUUACUUAUAUUGGAGUAAAAAUAGUUCAAGAGGCAGUUUAAUUUUUUUCACUUAUUAUUGGAAAUGUAUCAAAAAAUGUUGCUUUACCACCUCAACUCUAUAUUUAUUAAACGAAUAUUUUAAU